CGACAUUGAUGAACUGCCCAAUCAAUUGAACUGCAUCGCCCAAACGAACUCUCAUCACUUCUUAUCGUCGCGCAAACCGGGACAGAUUUAGAUCUUCCCAUGUGCAUACAUAGAACACUUUCUUUCACUGAAAUCGGGCUCCGCUGAUCGGUUUUGUGAAUGCGACCGCCUGGGUACAGCCAGCUUGCACAGUUAGCGUAACCCGCGACCCGCGACGGUGCGAAACACCCCACCAAAAUGACUUCCAACGACGUCCGCGAUGUCCUGAACCUCCCCUCGGACCACUCCGCUGGACCCCGCCCCUCCAAGAAGAGAAAAACUAUCGCUCCGCGGCCAAACCUGAAAGGCCUCGCUCGUGAAGUGCAGAGUCUCGGCGGCGACAACCCAAUAGCUAUUGUUCCCGAGGUCUCCUUCUUCAAGAAGCGGCGAUUCGCCAGUCGCAAGCCGGCUGCACGGUGGGAACUGAGGCCAUUCAUCAACUCGGCACGGGGCGACAAUGGCGCCCUCGUCCUCAGGCACUGGAAACGUAAGACGGAACAUGGCGCGCCGCCAGCAGAACACAUGCAAGACGGGGAAUCGCGGCCGGCUGAGGACGGGGUCAACGGAGAGAGAAAGGAGGACACACUCGAGGACUCGUCUUUCGCCAAAUUCAACGCCAAGGUCGCCGUACCGCAGUACAACGACGACCAGUACCAGUCCAAUCUCCAAAGCAGCGAGUGGACCAAGGAAGAAACAGACUACCUGUUGGAACUGGCCCAGGAAUACGACCUGCGUUGGCCCAUCAUAUGGGACAGGUACGAGUACGUGCCAAAGCCCCCUCCUCAGGAGGAGGAAGCGAACGGGCCUAGUACUGCCGUGGUGCCCGCACCGAAACCGCGGACUAUGGAGGACCUGAAGUCCCGGUACUACGAGGUGGCAUCGAAGAUGAUGGCUGUCCAGAAGCCGGCGCAGUACAUGACGCGCCCAGAGUUUGAACUCUACGAGAUAAUGCAGAACUUCAAUCCGGAGCAGGAGAGGAAGCGCAAGGAGUUUGCUCUCAACACCAUGGCCCGGUCAAAGGACGAGGCCCGCGAGGAGGAGUCCCUGCUCCUCGAGAUCAAGCGCAUCCUAGCGCGUACCGAGCGCUUCAACGAGGAGCGCCGCGAGCUCUACCGCCGCCUUGACUACCCUGCCACAGAUUCGGACAUCAACUCGUUCAAGAGCUCCGCCGGACUGCAAGCCCUCCUGCAGAACCUCAUGUCCACGGACAAGUCCAAGAAGCGCAAGAGCAUCCUCGGCCCGGGCGACGGCGUCAGCCCAGGCGGGCCUGUUGCCAACAGUGCCGCCCCCGAGUCUGGACCCCACAACCGUCGCGAGAGUAUCGCUGCCGCGCCGUCGUCAAGCCGCCGCGACUCCGACGUCCGCGGCGCCCGCACCUCGGCCGAACCUACUUCAACAACCGCCACCUCCUUCUCGGCCGCCGCCGCGACCGCCAACAAGAAGAAGGGCUCCUUGCCCUCCGCCGCCGCCGCCGCCCACCAGCAGCACCAGGAGCGCCGCAAGCUCUCGGCGCAGGAAGAGCAGGUCUACGGCGUGUCGUACCACGAGCGGCUGGGGAGCGGCCCCACGUUCCGGUACGAGCGCAUCAAUAAGCUGUACAGUCACAAGUCGGGCCAGCAGCAGCUGCGCAUGACCAACGCGCUGGCCGAGCUGGACGUGCCGCCGCGGCUAAUAAUGCCCACGGCGGCGGUGACGGCCCAGUUUGAGGUGCUCUGGGGCGCUGUCACGGCGCUGGUGGAUUUGAGGAAGCUGAGUGAUAAGUUGGAGGGAGAGAUUAAGCUCGAGGAGGCUAAGAAGGUUGAGAGGGAGCGGGCAAGGGGUGUGCUGGGGGAUGGUGGUUGUGGUGAUGAUGAUGGAAAUGGGGUUGCCGCUGAGGAGGGGGAUGUGGAAGACGAGAAAGAAAGGACGGCUGGGGAUCAGACCGAUGGGCAGCUGGCGAACGGAGAGGCGCGGCCGGGUGGUGAGCAGUCCGCUCGCGCUGGAGCCGACACCGGGGGUGGGGCUGACGAGGCGGACGGGAUCAAAGGGGAGCCCGGGGCGGAGAAGGAGAAGACUGCUGACGCCAGACCGGGAAGCAGCGGCGGGGCUCACAAGCGGAGUGCCAGCGUGCUAAGCUCCACUAGUGAUAAGAGCGCGAAGCGGCAGAAGAAGUAGCUCCACUCCCUGCUGGGGAUGGCUUUUUAGGGAAGGAGAUGAUUAGCGAUGGCUUCAGUACAAUACAUGUUGUGAGCUUAGUGGUCGACGUGCGCGUGGCGAGCUCGUUUUAGGGGUAUCAGCAUAAGCUUCCCUCCCAGAUU